AUGCACCGUCCUACAGAACCCCACUGCCACCGCCCUACUGGACCCACAGCCAGCGCCCUACUGGACCCCCUGCCACUGCCCUACUGGACCCCCUGUCACCGCCCUACUGGACCCCCUGCCACCGCCCUACUGGACCCACAGCCACCGCCCUACUGGACCCCCUGCCACCGCCCUACUGGACCCCCUGCCACCGCCCUACUGGACCCCCUGCCACCGCCCUACUGGACCCCCUGCCACCGCCCUACUGGGAGAACAGCCACCGACCUACUGGAACCACUGCCACCGCCCUACUGGACCCCCUACCACCGCCCUACUGGACCCCCUGCCACCGCCCUACUGGACCCCCUGCCCUCGCCCUACUGGAACCACUGCCACCGCCCUACUGGACCCCCUACCACCGCCCUACUGGACCCCCUGCCACCGCCCUACUGGACCCCCUGCCCUCGCCCUACUGGACCCACAGCCACCGCCCUACUGGACCCACAGCCACCGCCUUACUGGACCCCCUGCCUACUGGACCCCCUGCCUACUGGACCCACAGCCACCGCCCUACUGGACCCACAGCCACCACCCUACUGGACCCACAGCCACCACCCUACUGGACCCCCUGCCUACUGGACCCCCUGCCUACUGGACCCACAGCCACCGCCCUACUGGACCCACAGCAACCGUCCUACUGGACCCACAGCCACUGCCCUACUGGACCCACAGCCACCGCCCUACUGGACCCACAGCCACCGUCCUACUGGACCCACAGCCACUGCCCUACUGGACCCCCUACCACCGCCCUACUGGACCCACAGCCACCAUCGGCUGUGGCAUGACCGGGGCUCGAACCCACGGCCAUAG